CAGUUCCCUUGCAAAUCAGCACCGAAAAACCCUGAUGAGAAGAACCCUAGUGAAAUCCCCGAUUUUUUUCUCUAUCUCUCGUCUCCAAUCUCCACCUCUGUCUAGUCCCUAUAGAAAUGUUGACCCACUGCCAAAUUCUCCCAAACUGUCAUCCAACUCACUCUCUAUUUCUUUCUCCAGGUUCAUGUUUACUCCCAGUUAUGUUCCUCCUCCCGAGUGGAUAGAGCCCUUCAUUAAUCUCUCUGGUUUAUCCUCAACUAAUCCUCAAGACUUACAACCAUCUCCUUGGGUAAGCCAAAUUCUCAAUCUUUUAGAUGGUUCUUCUAACAUGGAAUCAAAUUUAGACUCUUUCUGCCACAAGUUCUUGAUCAGGUUGUCUCCGAAUUUUGUUUCUUUUGUUUUGUCGUCUGUCGAGAUUCAAAACAAACCCGAUGUUGCUUUGAGGUUCUUUACAUGGGCUGCUAAGCAAAAGAAAUAUACCCAUAAGCUGGAAUGUUAUGUCUCUUUAAUAAAUGUUUUAGCAUUAGCAAAUGAUUUGGUUAAAGUUAGAUAUUUGUUUGGUCAACUUAAGGAACUGGGGUUUGUAUUGACAAUGUCAUCUGCAAAUUCUUUGAUUAAGAACUUUGGGGAACUUGGGAUGGUUGAAGAGUUAUUGUGGGUGUGGCGAAGAAUGAAAGAGAAUGGAAUUGAACCUAGUUUAUAUACAUUUAAUUUUUUACUUAACGGAUUGGUUAAUUCAAUGUUUAUUGAAUCUGCAGAGCGGGUUUUUGAGGUAAUGGAGAAUGGUAAAAUUAGACCUGAUGUUGUGAGUUACAAUACCAUGAUUAAGGGAUACUGUAAGGCAGGAAAAACUCAGAAAGCAAUGGAAUUAUUACGAGUUAUGGAGUCGAUAAAUUUGGAGCCAGAUAAGAUUACUUAUAUGACAUUGAUGCAGGCAUGUUAUUCAGAGGGGAUCUUUGAUUCUUGUUUGGCUCUGUAUCAUGAAAUGGGGGAGAAAGGAUGUGAAGUUCCACCUCAUGCAUAUAGUUUAGUUGUUGGAGGACUCUGUAAAGAAGGGAAAUGCCUUGAAGGAUAUGUUGUUUUUGAGAAUAUGAUUCGGAAUGGGCUUAAAGCAAAUGUGGCAGUUUAUACAACUUUGAUAGAUGCAUUUGCAAAAUGUGGAAAGAUGGAAGAGGCACUAGAGCUAUUUGAGAGGAUGAAAACUGAUGGGCUUGAACCAGAUGAGGUUUCAUAUGGGGUCAUUGUUAAUGGUUUGUGUAAGAGUGGAAGAUUAGAUGAGGCUAUGGAGUAUCUCAGGUUUUGUCGUGCUAAUGAAGUGGCAGUCAAUGCCAUGUUUUAUUCGAGUCUCAUUGAUGGGUUGGGUAAGGCUGGUAGAGUAGAUGAAGCUCAGAAGCUUUUUGAAGAGAUGGUUGAGAAAGACUGCCCACGGGAUUCAUAUUGUUACAAUGCCCUUAUCGAUGCCCUUGCAAAGUGUGGGAGGGUCAAUGAAGCAUUAACGCUGUUUAACAGGAUGAAGGAUGAAGGAUGUGAUCAGACGGUUUAUACAUACACAAUUCUCAUAAGUGGACUGUUCAGGGAGCGUAAGAAUGAAGAGGCAAUGAAGCUCUGGGAUAUGAUGAUUGAUAAAGGUAUCACACCAACUGCAGCUUCUUUUAGGGCUCUCUCAAUUGGGCUUUGUCUAUCAGGCAAGGUAACAAGGGCCUGCAAGAUUUUGGAUGAUCUAGCACCUAUGGGUGUUAUUCCUGAGACAGCUUUUGAAGAUAUGAUCUAUGUGCUGUGCAAAGCAGGCCGUGUCAAGGAGGCCUGCAAGCUGGCUGACGGUAUCGUUGAUAGGGGUAGAGAAAUACCUGGAAGAAUCCGAACUGUUCUUAUCAAUGCCUUGAGAAAAGCAGGCAAUGCAAAUUUGGCCAUGAAGUUAAUGCAUAGUAAGAUUGGUAUAGGUUAUGAUCGAGUCGGUAGCAUUAAAAGGCGAGUGAAAUUCCGGAUUCUUCUCGAAAUUUGAAAGUUCUGUGCCUUUAUUCCUUACCAUAUAAUACCAUCUUAACUCGCAGACAUGAUCAUGAGAUAUGCUUCAUCCAUGCCCUUCUUGUAGAAAAGCAUCUGUAUAACCACCUGAAAUUUAUGCAAGAACUAUCCUUUGCUGGUUCACUCAUCCAGAUAGCAGAAAAUAACUUAUUCUGCCGGCUACCAGGAGCACCCAUCAUGUAAUCUCCGGGCAUGCAGACAAGGUCUCUGUAUCAAAAGACAUAUUAUCUCAGAAUAAAGAAAAAAUAGGAAUGCCAUCAAGGACCACAUAUAACACAAAUGAAGAUAUCACCUUACCCAAUUUGUAGUUGGUUCUCUUGUCUUCCUUUUAGAAUCUUCAAGAAAGGUUCAUUUUAAAUUUCAUUUGUAUUUAAAUUAAUGAGCUGAAAGGAUUUCAUUGACAUCCAUUAGCAUAUUUCAAUAGUAUAUGGGGCAUGUAUUAUACGUGAUUUUUACAGAACAAAUUAAUGAGCUGAAAGGAUAUAUUUCAAUUUUUAGUCUAUCAUGUUUUGUAUUAAGUUGAUUCUGAUUCUAGUACGUGAUUUUUACAAAAAAUUAAAUAUAUGAUAAUUUGUUUUUUUAAA